ACCUAGCUAGCAAGUAGCAAAAAGACUAUUUUACUCAAAUUUAUGAUUAUGGUGACUUUAGACCAAUUCUGGAAGUUUUUAAAAACUGUUAGAAAAAAGAGCUUUACAGAGCUAGUAUUAUGUUUAUUUCUAUUGGUUUUGAUAUUUGUAUACUAUUGUGUUGAUGUUUUUUACAUAUUACCGUGUACAUAUCAGCUACCGUCAGUUUUGUAUUUAACACACAUGCUGUCUUUGACAUUUGUGGUUUUCAACCUGCUUACAAAUUUUUUAGCCGUAAUGUAUACCGAUUCAUCAGUUAUUGGCAAAUUGCUUACUGCGUCUGAGUUCACAUCAAAAGAAGAUAUUACCUACUGUUAUAUUUGCCAGUGCAAUGUUCCUCUAAGGUGUUGGCACUGUGAUAUAUGCAAUGUCUGCAUAUUGACUAGAGAUCAUCAUUGCACUUUUAGUACGACGUGUGUUGGUCAUUAUAAUAGAAGAUACUUCUUAUGGUUUUUACUAUAUUUGUCUGUAGCCAGCUUUUAUGAGAUAAUUUUGAUAAUUUAUUACGUUUACUAUAAAGUGACUAUUAAAUUUUCAGAUUUGAUCGUUUUAGUGCCAUUUCAAUCGGUUUUAACUGGCUUUCAUUUAACCAUAGGUCAAAUUUUUGUAGUUUUACUAACAUUGAAUGUUAUAGCUGUAACAAUAUCUUCAUUGUUGUUAAUUUAUCACCUAGAAAAGGUACGCAAAGGUCUGGUAUGUCAUGAAAAACAAGAGAAUAAUUAUGAUUUUGGCUUGAUGCGAAAUUUGGAAACUGUUUUUGGGGAAAAAUGGUAUAUAACAUGGAUUUCCCCAUUCAUCAAAUCUAAAUUACCCUUCAAUGGAAUUGACUGGCAAAGUCAUAUUAUUCAAUAUAAAACAAAAUAAAUUAAUUUUUAUUUAUAUUAUUAAAAAAAAAUCAAAAAUU